UCUUAAACAGUUAAAAACAAAAAUGUUCGACCUCGAUGACUCGGAAACAUCAUCACAGAUGGAUAUCGAUUACCCAUCAUACCCGGAAAUUAAUAAAAUUCUCACCAGGUGUGAACAAAUGGUAAAAGGUGUUUGUUUUGAAAUAAUUAUCCGCCGAUCAAAAACCGAAGAGAAGCUACGAUAUCUUAUUGAUAUCGAUCCAGAAGAUAUACAAUUUGUUUGUGAUGUUGAUGAAAACAUGGAAACAUUUGAAGAACGCCUGAAUCGCAUUGAAAAUCUUCAAGGCAUUUACAUUGAGCUUUGGAGUAAAACAAAGGAAAAAAUUAAACAAUGUAAAAAGGAGUUUAAAAAUACCGAUUACAAAAUUGUGCUCUUGAAGCGAAAAAGUGACCAGAUUGUAAAAAAUUCCAAAUCUUCUAAUCCAAAUGACAGAUAUUCUGCUGCAUCUACUAUUGUGAUUGGUGAAAGUAAAUCUAGCUCUGAAAGUGAGGAGGAAAUUUCGGUGGGAGCUAAACGUCAAUGCAAAGAUGAAUAUCCAAAAAUAUCAAAUGACUCUGAAUUGGUGAUGAUUAUUGGUCCCAAUGGAACAGAUAUUUAUCAAAGUGAUUUUGAUACAUUAAAUUGGAAAGAUCCAGCAGCUUGCACAAGAAAGUUAUUGACUUUUCUAUUUGGUGAAAAAGUUUUAGCAACGCAUAGCUUGACAGGAAAUCAAUCACCAGCAUUUCGUGGACGAGAAAGAGCACCUAAAAGUAAACUUGAUCCAAUCAAAAUUUCGGAUAUUAUUUAUAUUGUUACACUUAAAUGUAAGGUUAGUCCUCAGAUUGUUCGAGCUGCCAUAACUACAAAAUGCGCUGAUGCUUCUAAGAAGUUUCGACGAAUUGGCAUGAAAAUUUAAC